UUCAUUUUUACUCGCUCCUAGUGGAAACAUGUCUCUGUGGUCCAAAUUGUAACAGUUACUUUCUUGUUAUACUAUGUGGUCUUCUUUUCAAGAUGAGUGAUAGCAACAUGCAAUAUGUCACAUCCACCUCCUUCUUGCUGUUAACAUACGCCAAAUACUUGACCUCAGCUCAUACGGUUGUUAACUGUGGUGGAAUCGCAGUAACACCAAAGAGGCUCCGGUCAAUAGCAAAAACAGGUGGAUUACUUGCUUGGAGAGAACCCCCCUUACAGAUGUCGUACAUGGUGGGGUAUGGUCCAAGGUACCCAAGAAGGAUACACCACAGGGGUUCAUCUUUACCGUCCAUUGGUGUACACCCUGGAAAGAUCCAAUGUCGUGCAGGCUUCGGUGUGAUGAAUUCACAAUCCCUUAACCUAAACAUUCUAGUGGGGGCUCUUGUUGGUGGACCGGACCAACAUGAUAGGUUCCCAAAUGAACGAUUAGAUUAUAAGAAAUCAGAGCCAGCCACAUACAUUAACUCACCCCUUGUAGGAGCACUCGCGUAUCUUGCUCACUCAUUUGGUCAACUCUAGACUCCAACUAAUUUGGGGUAUCCCAUGUUUUAUUUCGAUAGUGUUUUAUUUCUUAGAAGCACACACUCAUUUGAGACACCAGUACCAGUACCACUAAGCCUUAGAAACCUUAUUGGUACCACGCUUAUGUACGUGUAUGUAUGUUAUGUUUAGUGAUAGUGUCUUCAACUUCUGAAGAAAUUGAAACCAACUUCUGAAGAGAAAAAGAUACGCACCGAGAGCGUUCAAGUUGCUCAAAGGAUAAAGGACAUGUACAUCCACAGUCCUAACUUAGGAAUUUUUCUUUGACAAAAUCUGUGGAAUGCAUGGGUUGAAGACUCUUCAUUUUUUUCAGUUCAUCAUUACCCAAGCAUAAAUGAUAAAUAUUAUUUAUUUCAUAUUAAUAUUAGUAUAAUGUAUUUAUACUGAAAACUGGCAAGAAAAGUUAAUUACUCCUUCUUCAUGGAAUCAUAAUUCAGUACUCAGUGUGAGUUGUUUACAACUGUUUAUUUAAUAUAAGUGUAUUUAUAAUGU